AUGGACAGCAAUCCCUUUUGCUUCCACAGGAGCAUCACGGGGCACCUCACCUUCCCACUGCUUGCUGUCACCUUCCUGUCCUCAUUUGGGUCCUCCAUGCUGUAUGGCUACAACCUGGCCGUGGUGAACUCUCCAGCAGUGCACAUCAAAGCCUUCUACAAUGCCACAUGGUACCAGCGUUACGGGCAAGGCCUGGCUCAAGGGCCUCUCACGCUCAUGUACUCACUGACGGUUUCCAUCUUUGCCCUGGGAGGCCUGAUAGGGUCCUUUCCGGUGGGAAUGCUCGUGACCCAAUACGGAAGGAAUGGUACCUUGGUACGUAGCAACUUCCUAGUCCUUCUGGCUGGCAUGUUAAUGGGGUUCAGUCGGUAUUUGGAAUCACCUGAAUUAGUCAUCAUUGGACGUUUCAUCACUGGCAUUCACUCUGGGAUAUGUCUCAGUGUGGUGCCCAUGUACCUGGGAGAAAUUUCACCAAAGAACCUUCGUGGAUUCCUGGGCCUUGUACCAAGCAUCUUCAUCUGUCUGGGGGUCUUCUCUGCCCAAGUUUUGGGCCUGCCAGAGCUGCUGGGGGAGGAUCCCUACUGGCCUCUCUUCCUCUCUGUGGUGGUAGUUCCAGCCUUCCUGCAGAUGUUGCUGCUCCACUGGUUUCCAGAAAGCCCGCGGUACCUGCUCAUUGAGAAGAACAAUGUCCAUGCAGCUACUAAGGCACUGCGCUGGUUGCUUGGCAAGUAUGACGUGCAGGACGUGAUUGAAGAAAUGGAAGCGGAGAAGCGUUCGCUCGCCUCUGUGGAGACCGUCACUGUGUGGCAUCUGCUGCUGGAUCGCUCUGUGAGGCGGCAAGUGCUCUCUGUUGUGGUGAUCAACGUGGGCAUGCAGCUCUCUGGAAUCGAUGCGAUCUGGUUUUACACAAAUGCCAUUUUUGAGAAGGCCGGCAUCCCCGACCAAGAGAUACCCUACACCACAGUGGGCACUGGCGCAAUCGAGGUUGUUGCUGGCUUGAUAGGCUGCUUCACCAUUGAAAAAUUGGGACGUCGCCCACUCAUUAUAGUUGGUUUCUGUUUCAUGGGCAUCUGCUGUGUAGGCAUCACCCUGUCUCUGGUGCUGCAGGCAACUGUGUCUUGGAUGCGUUACGUCAGUGUGGCAUGUGUCAUUGGCAUCAUCGCUGGAUUCUGCAUGGGACCAGCCGGGGUCCCAUUUCUGAUGACAGCCGAACUCUUCAAGCAGUCACACCGGCCACCUGCGUACAUUGUGGGUGGCUCCCUCAACUGGCUCUCAAACUUCACUGUUGGCUUUGUGUUCCCCUUCCUACAGGUGUCCGCUGGUGCCUUCUGCUAUCUGGUCUUCUGUGCCAUCUGCCUUUUGGUUGCAUUGUAUGUCUAUGUAAUCAUCCCUGAAACCAAAAACAAGACAUUCAUGGAAAUCAGCCACAUGUUUGCCUCUCGCCACAGCUUCCUGCCUAAUUUGCCAGACUUUGUCAAGAUGACCAGGUUCAAUGGCUAUGGUGCUCUGGAGAACAGCUCCCUGGAAUUCUCUGAGUCAGAAUCUAACUUUUCCUGAGGUUCCCCACGCACAGUUUUGGGAGGCUGUUUCUCUUCCAUUUAGAAAGCCACCAUGGUGAGCUUUCUUCUUUCUCUUAGCAAAAAAGAAAUGAUCUUAUUGAUUUUAUUUCUUCAACUCCUUUCUUUCUGCCUGGCUAACAGUACAAAAAGGACAUGGAGAAAACAUUUGAAAGAGCAUCUGAUUUGGACCUAAAGAAUCUGCUUCUGCCCACCUCUCAGCACUAGGGGGGCUCUUCAGUUUCAGCCCCUUACUUCCUCCUUCCCUGCCUUCUAGCAGCUGGGAAUCAAAAGAAAACUCAGGAAAUUCAGUCUCACACACCAUAUGGUCAUGGGUAGAAUUCAUUCUCAUUCUUCUAAGACAUUUGUUUAAUUU